AUGUCGAGCUCUAGUUCUGGAAGAGGUAACCAGGGUGGAUUCACUGCCUCAAGUGUGGUCAGAUGGGCCCUCCAACUUGCCCAUAAAGAGAAGGAGGGUAACAGUCUGCAUCGUCUUCAAUUUGUUCUCGAAGUCAAGGAACUACAAAAACAUGGAAACCCUGAUAUAGUCAUGGCUUUAGUUGGUAGCAAAGUCGAUCUUCAAGAGCAACAAGAAGUACUAGUUCAAGAUGGCAUUGACUUUGCUGAGAAGAAUGGAAUGUUUUUUAUUGAGACAUCUGCAAAGACAGCUGAUAAUAUAAAUCAGCUGUUUGAGCGAGAAGCCCCUGCCGGGUUCGUUCCAUUGACGAAGCCCUGUAGGGAACAGUAUAAUGGGCGAUUUCCAACAACAACGUAA